CACUUCCUCUUCGAACUACCGUAAAGACUUUCCGAACAGACUGUGGGUAGACAUACUUCCUCUUCAUUUCACAGUAGUUUCAGUAUUAUCUGGUCGGAAAGUUACCACUCUUUAAAAAAAAUUAUCGCCCUAACAUUCGCUGACAACAGACAACUAUUACGAGAAUUAUCCAAAUGGCUUCUCAUCAACUCCAGUGCUUCAAUACAGUUCCAGAUACAGAGACCAGUCAGAGAAUUGACGAAAUAUCCGAGGCUCUCAGCCGCGACGAACGCAAGGAAGCGUUGUAUUUGUGUGAAAGCUCGCACGAAGACAACACAGUGGCCAGCGUGAAGGAGACACUCCGCUCCAAAGCCAUGAGCCAUGGCACAGCUGGGAAUAUGUUCCUGCUGGAGCUCCUGGUGCAUUUGGGAAGGUAUGACAUUGUGAGGAAGGUGUUUGGUUUCAGCAGGGAUGCGGUGGAGAGAAAUCUGGGGUCCUGGCAGGUUCUACCAAAAUUCAGAGUGCUGAUGACUCAAUUAAGUGAGGACAUGACCAGUGGAGAUGUAAGCAUGCUUAAGUUCCUGCUGUCCAACAUCUUGGGGCGUAAGAAGAGGGAACAAGCCAAGAACUUUCUGGACCUUGUUAUAGAACUUGAGCACCUGGGUAAAGUUUCAUCCCAAAGAGUGGACAUUCUGGAGGAAUAUUUAGUACACAUUCGCCGGGUAGACUUGGCCAACAAACUGAAGGUGUACAAAAAGUCAGGAAACACAAAUAUGCUUGAGACCAAAGUACAGCAGACCUGCCAGAGUCACGUCAACAAAUACAAGUUUAGCAGUAAGCCCAGAGGACUGUGUGUCAUCAUAGACUGUGUGGGUAAUGAUGGAGAGAUGCUGGAGCACACGUUUAGGUCGCUGCACUUCAACGUGACCUUGCACAAAUGUCUGAGUGUUGCUCAGACGGUCUCAGUGCUCAGAGGUCUAGCCCAGGGAAGUAAGGAGCUCAAGGGCGAUGGCUUCGUCUGCUGCGUCAUUAGCCGCACCACCGCCACUCAUCUCCUGGCCACGGAUCCAUCCGAUGAGAGCCUCCUGCUGGACGAUCUUAGCCGUCAGUUCGCCGGUGACGUGUGUUCCGCGCUGGUCGACAAGCCCAAACUCUUCUUCAUCCAGGGCUACCGGGUCCCGGAGUUCCAGCCCCUCGCCGGAUCCAAUCCACAGGAUGAGGAUUUGGACACGGACGCCGGUGUUUGUCCGGCGGGUCCCAGUUCAAUCCCGUCGCGUGCGGAUGUGUUCUGGAGUCACUGCUGGACCGGAGAAGACCAGCUGCAGCAAGAACCACAUCGCUCCGUUUACCUGCAGGCGUUGACGGACGCCGUGCUCAGAGGCCAGAGGGGGAGCAGACACCUGGUGGAUCUGCACCUGGAGGUGAACGGAGCCGUCUUUACACACAACAGCAGGUACCCUGGGCAGGAGUAUCACAUCGAUCUGAAACACACUUUAAGAAAGGAGCUUUACUUCUAGACUUCCAACUACUGCCAGGCAGCUGGCUUAUAUUAUACAAAUAUGUCUUUUUUAAAGGCCUACUGACAUGAGAUUUUCUUAUAAACGGGGAUAGCAGGUCCA